AUGAAGAAGGUCGCGUCGCGUAAGAAGAUCAUCCUCUUCCACCCGGACGACAUCACAACCAAGGACACGUACGCCGGCGUCGACCUCGAGCACCUCUACGACCUCACCAUGUCGUCCCGCGCGGCCGUGGCCGCCCCGGCGCCGCACCGCGUGAGCCACUGCGCGACCGACGUCAUGGACGACGAGAGCAGCUACCACGUUCCGUCCAU